AGAGGGCUCUGUGGAAAGAAGGAGGUUUCUGACGUGAUUUCUAUGUGUAAUUUGGCAAAUGAAACACGUGUUUGUGACGUCAAACACGUGUUACAAUGCUAGGAGAUAAGGCAAGAUGGAUUACCAGCAGAAAAUGGUUAUUUUUCUAAUUAAGAUUGAAAAACAUAAGGAUAAAAUCAAACCAGGAUUCCAGUGGCUUUGAGAAAUGGCAAGACGCUAGGUGUGACAGUCUGAAAAACGUGGAGCGAAAGUUUUGAAUAGAGAACCAGGAAUCGGAACAAUACGUUGCCGCGGAAGUAAGGAGCGCGUGGAGCUCAAUAACUCUCAGGUUCAAACUGGAGUGCCUCACCCUACCCCCGGGGAUGGAUGGGUCGAACCCGUACUGUUCGCAAGGGAUGUAUGGCAGGGAUAGCUAUGGGGGACAUACCCAACAGAGUAUGGGGCCCUAUAACCUCCCAGCGUGUGUCUACGACACUAAUAAACAAACAAGUAUUGGACUAGACUAUACAAGCCAGCAUGGUAUGGCUAUGGUGGAUCACAUGGUGGAACAACCGAUGGUCAAUUCAAUCCCGGCGCAUAGCCUACAGCCUCAACCCACCCCGGCGCAUAUGCAACACGGGGUGAACAUGAAUAUAUCGAACUUAAACACAAAUGUACCCCAACAACAAUCUCACCCAACCAGCGUCCCGCUUCAGCCCCCACCUGCGCACCAAAGUCAAAAACCAAGUAACAGCAAUGGAGGAAAUUCCAGUAGUUCUAAUAAUAACAAUGAGAAGCCACUUCAAUUCCCUUGGAUGAAGACUACGAAAUCACACGCGCGCCAGUGGAAGGCACAAUGGCCCGGUGCUAACUUCAACAUAGAAGAUGACAACAAGCGCACUAGGACGGCCUACACGCGGCUCCAGCUUGUCGAGCUAGAGAAGGAGUUCCACUAUAGCAAGUACAUCUCCCGUCCUAGGCGAAUAGAAAUAGCCGCCAUGCUAAAUCUGACUGAAAGACAUAUAAAAAUAUGGUUCCAAAAUCGGAGGAUGAAAUGGAAAAAGGACGAGGCUAAACGACGACCACGCCCUCUAUCGGAGGAGAUUGACAGUAAAGUUGCGAUUAAUACUGAGUUGUUAGAUAAAGAUGGCGCUGGCAGCUCACCCGAGAUUAUGACAAAGGAGGAAAAUCCAACAUUUGAUGAUCUGUCCGACUCUCUCUCACCUUCAAAUACAAAACCGUUUAUUGGAACAAUGAAAGAUUGAAGAUUGGUUAUUCCGUAAACGACAAAAUAUAAUCUAACUUAUGACCAUGAAAUCGGGAAAUCUGAAAAAAUCAAACCAAAUAUGAUACAACUGCUGUGUAUAUUUAAAAAAUAGUUAUUUUCACUGAACAGCAUGAUCGAGAUAAGAGACGAAUAAUAGAAAAGUUAC